AUGGCCAAACCAUAUGGUGGAUAUGAGUUUAAGUUUGUUGAUGGUGAUCCUCCCAGUAGAUACAUUUGUGCCAUCUGUACAUUAGUAUCUUGUGAUCCUCAACAAGUUACCUGCUGCUACAAUACCUUCUGUAAGACCUGUCUGGAGCAACUUGGACUAUCAGUGAAGCAACCAAAAUGUCCUCUUUGUCAGGAAGAAUUGAGCUUUUUCAAUGAUGGAAAGCUCAAUCGUGAGAUCACAGCCCUUAAGAUUCACUGUACUAACAGUGAGGAGGGUUGUGAGUGGCAGGGAACUAUUAAUGAAACUGGUACAUCAAUUGACACUCAUCUUAAUAGCAGCUGUAUCUAUCACCUGGUACCUUGUACUAAUGAGUGUGGUGAGAAGAUUAGGAGAAGUACACUGGAGACACAUCUGACAGACAACUGUACUCAACGCAUUGUUAACUGUCAGUAUUGCAAGCGAAAAGGUCGAUAUCAACUGAUAACAAGCAGCAGUCAUCUUGAUGAGUGUCCUGACCUCCCAAUCCAAUGCAGUAAUGAAGGUUGCAAUGAGAAGAUAUUGAGACAUUCACUAGCAUCACACAACGAGACCUGCCCUAAAGCUAUCAUACCAUGUGAAUACAAUACUGUUGGAUGUGAGAAGAGAAUGAAGAGAGAAGAACAAGAGAAGCACAAUGAAGAAUCAUCAUUACUACACCUACAGCUGACAAAGGAGGAACUAGUAUUGACAGAAGAACAACUACAACUUACUGACCAACAAUUGAAAGAGGCCACAGAGACAAUAGAAUCUCUAAAAGCAAAAGUACAAGAGCACGAAAAUCUAUUGACGACAUCAAGUCAAGUGCUUAAAUUCAGCCAAUUAUCACAAUGGAAAGAAGGAUGGCAUAGUCGAGGAUUCUACACAUCACCAGGAGGAUACAAGAUGUCACUACAUGUCUAUCCAAAAGGUGAUGGUGAUGGUAAAGGUACACACUUCUCUUGCUUCAUUAGCCUCUUGGGAGGAGAAUAUGAUGAUACAUUGGAGUGGCCAUUUCAAGGAGAAGUUACAGUAGAGCUACUGAAUCAACUGGAGGAUAAGAAUCAUUGGAAGAAGGUUGUACAUUAUACUGAAGCAACACCAGAUGAUUGUAAACAAAGAGUGAGUAAAGGAGAAGAGAGCGAAGAAUGGGGUAAUCCUAAAUUCUUAUCACACGCUUAUAGGCCAACUAAUAACCAGCGUUUUAUAAAAAAUGAUAGUCUGUACUUCAGAAUCAGUGUAAAGGCUACAUCAAAGACAAAGCCAUGGCUACAUUAA